AUGGUGUCGAACGACUUCGUCAAGAUUUCAAUCCCGAUGAACGGCAGCUGGAAAGCGGGUCAACACUACUUUAUCAGAGUCUUUGGCCUAGGUGUACAUGGGAUGACAACACAUCCCUUUACGGCGUGCUCUCUUCCAGGAGCGACUCGCUCUCUCACGAACGAACUCGUCUUCUAUAUUCGACCGCAGGGAGGUUUUACAGCACGCUUGGCGAGGCACGCUCAGCAACAUCCUAAGACAAGCCUAAAGGUGUUACUCGAUGGCCCUUAUAGCGGCAUAGACAUGAGGAGAGUUGCCGCAAGCCAAAAUACUGUGGCUGUUGCUGGUGGAUCUGGUGCUGGCUGGCUUUUGCCGCUAAUUGAAGCGUUCCUGCGGCAGGGUGAGCACCAGGCUGCAGUGAGCGCAACAGACCCGCACCGCGACGGCGACGAAGAUGUCAACAGAAAAUCUGCGAUGAAAGUGAUACUAGCGACAAGAGAUUCGCUGACCAGGAAUUGGUUCGAGCAGGCCGUCGUGGAGCUAGUAGCGAACAAGCUGAGCGGAUGUCGCUGUGACGAAUUGAGCGUGGACAUCUACUACACCGGUGAGGAGGAGCACAAUGGUGGCAUGAAAAGCCCGAGAAAACUAGAAGAAAAGUCACAAGUUUCGGAUGAGAGUGUUGGCUCAGGGAUGAAAGCGUUGUCGACAGAUGUACGUCGCUCAGGGGAAGCCGCAUCAGACACCAUCCAGACUGCGCUCACCCCGAAGCAUGUAUCGCAACGACCGGACCUUCGAGCCAUCAUCGCCGACGCAGCAGAGUACGGAACUGAAAGUACGUCUGUACUGGUAUGCGGCCCGUUGAGUAUGCAGAGCGAUGUGUCGAACGCUGUUGCUCGUGCGCAGAUCGGUGGCAUGAAGGAUGGGAAACGGGAUGUGUAUCUGCACAUGGAACACUUUUCGUGGGCUUGA